GCAGACGGGACGGGACUCCGGAGGCAGCGCUCCAGCCGAGGGACCCAGGAGUCCGGCCACUCUCCAGCGCGCAUGGCCCCGCAGCCCGAGGAGCGCGCCCUGUACCUCUCCAUCUACCUGCUGACCAUCCUGACCGGCUUCCCCACCAACCUGCUGGCCCUGCACGCCCUCAUCCGCAAGCUGCGGUGCAAGGCCACCCCUAACUGCAUCCUCCUGCUCAACCUCACCCUCUCCGACCUCUGCUUCCUGGCCUUCCUGCCCUUCAAGGUGGCCGAGGCCCGGGCUGGGCGCUGGCCGCUGCCCGCCUUCCUCUGCCCCCUCAGCGGCCUCUUCUACUUCAGCACCAUCUACUCCAGCACCCUCUUCCUGACGGCCGUCAGCGUGGAGCGCUACCUGGCCGCGGCCUACCCCAUCCGCUACAAGCUGCGCCGCCGCCCCGCCUACGCCGCCCUGGCCAGCCUGGGCCUGUGGUUCUGCUCCUUGGCCCACUGCAGCAUCGUCUACGUGACCGAGCUGCAGCCAGGCGGCGGGCUGGCCAACGCCACCAGCGCCUCCUCCAAGGGCCUCUGCUACGAUGACUUCACCCCCAGCCAGCUGCAGGUGCUGCUCCCCGUGCGCCUGGAGCUGGGCAUCGUCCUCUUCCUGGUGCCCUCCUUGCUCACCGCCUUCUGCUACUGCGGCUUCGUGUGGGUGGUGGUCUCCUCGCCCCACAUCCGCCGGGGGAAGAAGCAGCGGGCCGUGGGCUUGGUGGCAGCCACCCUGGCCGUCUUCAUCGUCUGCUUCACGCCCUACAACGUCUCCCACGUGGUGGGCUUCGUCCAGCGGGCCAGCCCGUCCUGGAGGGACAAGGCUCUGCUCUUGAGCACCUUCAACGCCAGCCUGGAUCCCGUCAUCUUCUACUUCUCCUCCUCCGCCGUCCAGCACUCCUGCCGCAGGUUCCUGGCCCGGCUCUGGGGCGUCUGCUCCCUGCCCCCCUUGGCCAGGAAGGUCUUCUACCGCCGAACAGAGAAACUGACACCGGGACCGCCCCAGGAGCAAUGCAGAGGCCUUGGGGGCAGCCAGGUUUGCUGCUCCAAGCUGUGAUGCCAGCAGUCACCCACCCUCGGCCCCCAGAGACUGACUCGACUGUGGGGCAGGACUCCUGGGUUCUAUCCCUGGUGCUGGGGUCCAGUGGGUUGGAGCAUGGGGCUGGGAGUCAGGACUCCUGGGUCCUCUUCCCAAAUCCACAUCUUCUCAGAGCUGCCCUCUCUCCCCUGUUGUUCAGGAUCCCCUCUCUGGGGCCAGGACCAAGCUGGAAAGCCCCAGCCUCAUGACAUGCUCAGGUCAGGACUGGAACCCGCCGCUGAGCCAUUUCUAGGCCCCAUACCCCAGUCCCUUCUGCAUCAAAGGCCUCUGCCGGUCACUGUGUCGAAGGAAUCCCUGCCCUGCGAGGCUGAGCAGACAGAGCCCAGAUCUCGUGGCCUGCUGCGUGACCCCAUGCAAGUCACUUCCUCACUUUGUGCCUCAGUUUCCCCCGCUGUACAGUGGGGAUAAUGACACUGACCUGUAAAGCAUUGUGGGAUUUAGGGACGAAGAGCUGGCUACUGGGACAUCAUCAUCCUGGGACAAAUUGGGUGCCUUCCUGUUGCGAUUAUUAGCAACACGGCCUUCCUCUCUCGGAUCCUCUGCUGGGACUCAAACCCUCCACCUAAGUACCAAAACACACACCUCUGCCUCCUGCCGCAAGGCAGCGCUGCGGUGGGUGGCUGCCCGCAGUGCACCUCCACAGCAAGAGGGGGCGACAGAGAGCGCUGGCUCUCAUGGAUCGCGGCGGUGGGAGGCGUCCUGCUGGCAGUGCGUAGCAUGGGUUUGUGCAGUGUGAGACUGCAACGCCUCCCUCUGGCGGAGUCGCUGGGUACUGCAACGCCUCAGGCACCUCCACCCCCCCCGGUGGACUCUCGUGGAAAUGCAUCCCACUGGUGGCCUCAUCUCAAACUUUGAUCAUCCAUUUUGCUGCUACCCCCGGAUUUGUCCCCAUCUGUGAGUAGGUGUCCAGCCAAAGGUGCCUCAUUAGGCUCUGUAAUCAUGGGAAGGAGAAGUUAAUUAAAGUGGCCGACGCAAGGCAUUGAAGCAAGAGGCUUGGAGUCAAUCAGGGGCCACUGGUUUCUAUCCUGGAGAAUGUGACAUGGUCUGGUUAUCGAGGAGAUAGUGGAGUGUGUGAAUGGGGCAGAGAGAGAUGGUGGUCUAUCCACCUACAAAUGGGACUGGUUAGCAUGAGGAGGGGCUGGGAAUCAGGACUCCUGGGUUCUAUCCCAGCUCUGGGAAAGGUGCAGAGUCUAGUGGUUAGAACGGGGGCUGGGAGUCAGGUCACCUGGGUUCUCUUCCUAGCUCUGCCCUUGCUCGCCUGUAUCUUAUCCCAUAUCUAUGCCUCAUUUUUCUCGCCCCUGUACAAUGUGGAGAAUUAUAUUGAUCCAGCCCCCGGAACAAUAAUAACAUUUAAUUAGCUAAUGUUUGCAAAGCACUCCAUGUACCUGGCUGGGAGACAGGAAUAAACCCUCCACCCUGAGUGCGAAAGGACUUUGAAACAAGCGAUGACUGGCAGCUCCGCAAUAUAUGGGAAAUCUUGUUAGUAUACACAGGGGAAACUGAGGCACAGAGCAUGUACAUGACUUGCCCACAUUGACACAGGAAUGGAACCCAGGAGUCCUGGCUGCCAGCCCCCUCUCCACUAAUCACUAGAUCACACCAUUUCCAUGCAAUUUGUAAAGUGGACUCAAUUGCUUUAGGCAGAAAGAUGCUAUAACUUGAGGGCCAGACCCCCAGCUGGGGUCAAUGGGCCUGCCACAGACUCCGAGGUCGUGCCCAUUCUUGGCCCCGUACGGUCCCUGGGGAUCCCCUUCAGUGCGACAGCCCUUCUCAGGGGUGCACUCUCUCUCGGGGGUUAAGCCCCUCCGCCACCUGGAACUGCAC